AUGGAACAGCCCGCGCUCGCCGCCGCCCUGGCCGUGGCGGGGCUGGCGCUGAGCUGCUGCCGCGAGCUGCUGCUCUCCGAAUGUUAUACAGCAAAUGGGGCUGACUAUCGUGGCACUCAGAACCAGACCGCCCAGUAUGCAGGGAAACCUUGUCUUUUUUGGAAUGAGACCUUUGAGCAUCCUUAUAAUACUUUGAAAUAUCCCAAUGGGGAGGGAGGGCUUGGAGAGCAUAACUACUGCAGGAAUCCUGAUGGGGAUGUCAGCCCGUGGUGCUACAUUGCAGAGCAUGAGGACGGAGUUUACUGGAAAUAUUGUGAGAUUCCAUCAUGCCGAAUGCCAGGGAAUCUAGGGUGUUACAAGGACCACGGAGAGCCACCACCUUUGACUGGCACCAGUGAGACCUCCAACAAACUUACUAUCCAAACGUGCAUCAGUUCCUGCCGACGUCAGCAAUUCAAGUUUGCAGGCAUGGAAUCAGGUUAUGCCUGUUUCUGUGGAAAUAAUCCUGACUACUGGAGAUAUGGGGAGGCAGCCAGUACGGAAUGCAACAGUGUUUGCUUUGGAGACCAUACUCAGCCUUGUGGUGGGGAUGGCAGAGUCAUUCUUUUUGACACCCUUAUUGGUGCCUGUGGAGGGAAUUACACUUCUGCUACAGCUGUGAUCUACUCUCCAGAUUUUCCUGACACAUAUGGCACAGGCAGAGUCUGUUAUUGGACCAUACAAGUUCCAGGAGCAUCUCAGAUCCACUUCAGUUUUGCCCUUUUUGAAAUCAAAGAUGCUACAGAUAUGGUGGAACUGUUGGAUGGCUACACCUAUCAUGUUCUAGCUCGUUUUAAUGGCAGUAACCGGCCUCCCCACUCCUUUAACAUCUCUUUGGAUUUUGUCAUACUGUACUUUUUCUCAGACCAAAUCAAUCAAGCCCAGGGUUUUGCCAUCAGAUAUAGAGCUGUCAAGGACAAUGUGCAUCCAAACAAGAUUCCAAUGAAUCAGACCCUUUCAGAGAAGAUAAAUGAACAAGCAAAUCUCAGCAUCAAUGCAGCCCGAUCGUCAAAGAUACUUUAUGUCAUCACAACCAGCCCAAGUCAUCCUAGCAGCUCCAUGCCAGGUAAUAUUACAAGGGAAUAUGGAAAUGGGGAGGGGGGGGAGAAUCUGGAGUCAUUGUGGACAAUAUAUGGGCUCACAGCACUCCUCAUCCUAAGUGUUACAGCUGUAUUGGCAAAGAUAUUUCUCCACAUUAUUGUGAAAUCCCAUCAGAUACGAUCUGUCACUGAAAUAGAAGAUUCCCACCAGGUUCCUACUGCUGCCGAAAUCUGGAGUAUUUUUUAUGAACCUUCCACCUCCAUAUCCAUCUUCAAGAAAAAGCUUCAAAGUCAACAAGAUGAUCGCAACCCACUGAGUCUUCAAGACAACAGCCUGACAUCCCAAAGAUGGGAACUUCUCUAUACAAAACAGGUGGUUGAAGCAAAGGAAGGCUGGUUUCUUGGGUGAAUUCUGAGAGGUGAUUGAACAGGCUUGGAUGAGAAUGGAAAAAAAAUCCAGGUGAUUAGCAGGUUUAAAAAAAAAAAAAAAAAGAAAAAAUGGAGGAGAAGACUGCAAGGGAUUUAUUUUUUUUCCUAUACCUCUGGAUAGGAAAUAAGUAACAUUUGGAGACAAACUAUUUAAACAGUAACAUAUAUACGUAUGUUAUUUAUAUGUAUAUGCAUACCACACGCUCACACAGAGGUAGCAAUCCUCUAGCUACCACAUACCUCCAAGGCCACUCUAUUUUGUUGUCUAGCCUUCACGAACGUUUCAGGCCAACUUAUUAACUCUGCUGACAAAAACAGAGUAGUACGACACUGACUUUGACUUCAGUGGGACCAGAGAUUUAAUCCUCCAGGCUAAAACCUUGGGUCUAGCUUGACUACUCUGCAUAAAUCCUCCAGUUAUGUCCAUCUGCAUCAUGCUGGCUCAGGUUUUGAAACACUUUAGUAAAGGCCAAUGAAUUAUUCUUAGCUGAAAUUAAAGCAGAAAUUAGUUGCCCUGCUACAGGCAACAUAUAUAAGGACAUCCAAACAUACAUGAGGAUGCCUUCCAACAGGGACCUGACAUGUCUAUGUGCUACUCAUGCUUGGAGUAAAACCUCAGGGACUUACAAGACUCCUUCAAAUAUCUUGCAUACUAUAUAAAGACCCAAGUGUUGUCAUGGACUGACACACUGCAGUCUCAAUGUCACUGCUUUUCCUUCCCUGUUUCGCCCGGCAGAGCUCUUCACCUUUUCCAUAGCAUAUUCUCUGGUGCAUUACUUUCCCAGUCCUUCUCUUUUCUUUCUCUACCUCACAUCUUCUUUACCUUCCCAGUUCAAUUUUUGUUUUCUUGCAAUGAAAAUAUCUAACUUCCUCCUCCUCAAUAGCUGUAUCUGACAGGAAAGCAGGGACUCUGAAGCAACAGACAGCCUCAAAUAACUAGGUAAGACUACCUGAGGACAAUAUUAGGGAAGCAACCAAGAUUUUCAAGUGCUGGCUUUACCCUAAGCAUAAUAUACCAGUUUAAAAAAAAUGUUUGAUAUCCAAAUAUGGCACAUUUGCUCUAAAGACAAGAGUCUCCCUUGGGCAAAAAUUGUCCAAGUCUGAAUUAUUCAAAGUGAAGUAUGAAAAAGUAAGGAACAGGUUAGUAUGAAGCAGCUAGCUAAAGUCAGAUUUUUAAUUAUGUAUAGAUCUUUGUAUUUUAAUAUUUGCUGAUAACUCAUUGCCUGUCGAGGUUGUGAAAAGUGAAUUUUAAAGCAGUUGCCUGAAAACUGAAUGGUCCUAAGACAGAACAUUAUGGGUUGGCUCCAGAAAAAGUACUUCUAAACUUUCUAUUACAAUAAUUUUUGCUAGGAUCUGUAUGUGUGUGUAUGCAUAGAUAUCUAUUUUUUUUUAAAUACAAACGUGAUUAUUGCUGAUAACAAUUCAUUUCAGUGCAUCUAGGGCUGUAUGUUGAGAAACACAGCUAUCUGUGUCCUUUCCCACUAACAAGAAGGACAACUUCCACAUGUAUAUGCAAUAAAACUGUAUUUUUGUGUGUUUUUGCUUUUUUUAU